AUGUCGCGGGUAAUUGACUCGCUACCAACGCCGUCAGCUCCUCGUGAGAAGAAGCUAAUAGUCACAGCUAACAGUCGGACUGGUACUUUCUCGCUCUACCAAGCGCUCAAGAUUAUGGGUUAUAAGCCGUACCAUAUGUACGAAGUCGUGCAAGGUGGUGUGACGCACAUGAAAAUAUUAGAAGAAGGGCUGAACGCUAAGUAUCAUGGUAUUGGGAAGCCGUAUGGGAAGGCGGAGUUUGAAAAAUGGUUUGCGGACUAUGAUGUAAUCAUCGAAGUCACACCUCUAUUUCUGGAAGAAAUCUUCGAGUGCUAUCCGGACGCUAAAUACAUGCACGUUGAGCGCGAUGUGGACUCAUGGUAUCGGUCUGUGGACAACACUGGAGGACAAGUAUUCGAAGCCUGCGGGAAAUUUCCGCUCACACAAAUGCGCCUUAUUGAUGACUUUGUCGAUAAGUUCUGCUCGCUGCACCUUGCCUUGGCAAAGUACUGGACCGGCGGCAGGCCAUGGCGCGAAGGCAAGGUAUCCUGUGUUCAAAGAUAUCUUGAAACAAAUCGUUUGGUCAGGGACUUGAUACCAACUAAAAAUUUAGCCAUCUUCAAGCUGGAGGACGGCUUUGGAUGGGAACAAAUAUGUGCUUUCCUAGGCAAGCCGAUGCCUGACGUUCCGUAUCCUAGAGGUAACGCUCCGGCUGAAUUCCAAAAGAUGGCAUCUGAGGCGCUUUCUCCAGCCUUUAGGAGGGCUGCACUAUUUGUCGCUACGUCAGCCUUGGUACCACUGGUAGCGAUCGGGCUUUGGUACUGCAGAUCGAGGAAAUAG